CUGGUGAGAGGAGAGGAACACAGAAGAGUUCACAUGUGAGAGGAGCCUCACAGGAUCACUGAUUCACACAUGGCUGGAACAUCUUAUGCAAGUCUACUGUAUGAAGAUUAACAACUUUAUUUGUAAGGACUCACCCUCACAGUUGAUGGAGCAGGUUUAGUCUGGUUUAGUCCAGAGGGGAACAGCUCUCCAUCAUGGAUCCACUCGACGAGCCGAGCAGAGAGAAGUUGAUCUUCUAUCUGACCGUUCCACUGUCUUCAAUCAUCAUCUUCUCCAACCUCUUCAUUAUAGUGGGCAUCGCCUGCAACCGACAGCUGCACAACACUCCAAACUACUUCUUCUUGAGUCUGCUGGUGGCCGACUUGUGCACCGGCAUCACCCUGCCUUUCAUUCCCCGCAUGGCACUCGACCGGCAGCUGGACUUCAAACAUUGUUUGGUGAUGUACAUCUUCCCCAACUUUCUGUUCUUGUCAUUCCUCUUCAAUCUGGUGAUGGUGCAUUACGAGCGCUACCUGUGCAUCGUCAGCCCGCUCCACCACAGUCAGUUCUGGGUUCACCGCUGCUUCCCCUUGGCCUUGUUAACAGUUUGGCUCCCGCCGUUGCUCUACGCAUCACUUCCUGCCUUUGGAUGGAAUAAUUGGGUGGAACCCAAUGCCAACAAGAGCUCUAACCCAAAUAAGAUGCAAAGCACAGUUGGUAACUCCUCCAAAGUGGAUGAGGUUUGCUCCUACAAACAGGUUUUUCCCAAGGCCUUCAUUUAUCUGGAAGUGUGCGGACUGGUGCUGCCGGCCAUGCUGUCCAUCAUGGGCAUGACGGGACGGGUGUUGUGGAUCGCACACAAGCAGCUGCAGAACAUCUGCAAGCUCCACCGCGCUGUGGACCGUCUUCAGCAGCAGCAGCCGACCGACCACGAGCAGCAGCUUAACCUGCGUUACGCCAAAUGCGUGGCCGCUGUGUCCCUCACGUUCUUGGUCUGCUGGGUUCCGUACAUCAUCUACCAGCUCAUGUCCGUGACGGCUCUGCAGAGCGGGGUGAGCUUGCCAAGCUCCUCUCUGUACAUCAUCAUGUCCUGUACGGGAAUCGGGAGCAUGGCCAUCAUUCCGCUGAUACUGGGACUGGCCAACAAGCAGUACACUGAGCCCAUCCGCAGGGUGAUCCAUAAACUGAGAAACCGCUGGAGAGGAGGACAGAACAAUAGAGAUAUCACGCUUUGACACUUGGACAGUGAGUCAUAGGAUGUUUAAAUUGAAUGUGUAAAUAAAAGUUCUGUUGUGCAUUAAAUUCUUUAUAUACACUAUACGGUAAAAAUGAUUUGAAACUUUAAUGGUAAAAGAUGCUACAGUGAAAAACUGUUAAUUGGUUAACAGAAAGUUUCUGUACUAUAUACAGUGAAUAACAGUAAUAGAUUUAGCCAUACAUUUGAUGUAGUUUUACAGUAAAAUACUGUUAAAUUGACAGUUUUUGGAAGUGAAAAAGAAUGUCAUUGUAUAAUUUACAGUAAAUUGACAUUCUCAGAAUUCCAUAUUACACUUCACAUUUGGUGUAUUUUUGUUCAAAUAACUGCUUCUUAGUUUUUUUUUCUAAUCAGUUAUGUACAUUAGAGUUUUCUGUUACAUCUAAUGUUGUUGAAUUAAUGUUUAUUGCAUUUUUUAUGCAAUCCACUAUGUUUGGUAGUUGUCAGUGUAUUAUACAGGUAGAAAAUAGAUAUUAGUUCAAUAGGUUGAUAAAUUAACAUUAUAUCAAUUAAUGAAAUAUGGUAUUUUACCUUAAAUUUAAGUUAAAUCUGUAAAACCUAAAAUGUUGCUACCAUAUUCUUUACUGUAAAUUUUUUCGGCAACAACAGCUGCCAGUUUUUUACCGUAAAUUUAACAGAAUUACCGUUUAAAAAUUUGGGGUCGGUACGAAUUUUUUUUAUGUUUUUGAAAGAAGUCUCUUAUGCUCAUAAAGGCUGCAUUUAUUUGAUCAAAAAUACAGUGAAAACUAGCCUGACUUCGUCAUACUCAUAUUCUAGGCAGAAUGUG